AUGAAGAGUUUAGGAAUAGAGAAGAUUUUUGAGUUAAAUUGGAUACACAAGCUCUAAAAGGCUGAUGUUGGUAUUAGUUGUAGAAAGGAAGAAUUGGUUAUUAUAAAAUAGAUAGAUAUUUCAUAUCAUUUUAAAAAAGAAUAAAGUAAAUAAGAAAUUCAACCUAAUAUUGAAAAAGAAAUUCAUAAUCAAAUUUUUUAAGAAGAAAAAGUCGAUAAUAAACAAGGGGAGAAAGAAGUUACAGAAACUAAAUAAUAAUUAAAUUAAGACUAAGAAGAAAUUAUCAAUUAAAAAAAAUAAGAUAUUCAAAAUGAAGAAACUGUCAAAUCAGAAGAAAAAUAAGAUUAGAAUCAUUAAUCAGAAUAAUUAAAAUAAUAAGAAUUAUAAGAACAAUAAAAUUAAUAAUAAUUAUUAAAGGAGCAACAAGAAUAGUAAGAAUUAAAAUUAUAAUAGUAAUAGGAAUAACAAUAAAAAUAAUAAUUAUUAUAAGAACAAUAAUAACAACAAUAGCAUUAAUAAUAACAAUAGCAAUAUUAAUAAUAAUAAUAACAACAACAAUAGCAAUAAUAAUAACAACAAUAAUAAUAAUAAUAACAACAACAAUAGCAAUAAUAAUAAUAAAAAGAAUAGGAAUAAUAAUAAUAACAACAAUAGCAAUAAUAAUAAUAACAACAAUAGCAAUAAUAAUAAUAACAACAAUAGCAAUAAUAAUAAUAACAACAAUAGCAAUAAUAAUACGAACAAUAGCAAUAAUAAUAAUAAUAAUAGCAAUAAUAAUAAUAUUAACAAUAGCAAUAACAAUAACAAUAACAAUAAUAAGAAUUAAAUUAAAAAGAAGAAGAAAAAUAGGAAUAACAAUUAAGUUCUAGUGAUUUUACUGAAAAUUAAAUUAUUGGAAAUAUGGUAACUUUUUAUUUGGAUUAAUUUAUUCAUAAUUUAGAAGAAGUCAAGAAUUAGUAAUAAUGA